AGCGGAGGCGCCAUUUUGCGCUGCUGCGGGAGACGGAUUGGGAGGUUGUGGCGGGAGGGUGGCGGCGAUACUGGUGGUGAUAAUAGUAACGGCAGCGGUAAUAGCAGUAGUGGUAGUAGGUACGGUUGCUGUUCGGGACUAGCGUCCCCAUUCGCCAACCUCGUGGCCAGGACUCUGCCGAUAUGAGCGACGUGGAGGAGAACAACUUCGAGGGGAGGGUUAAUGUUCGUGAAGAGAUUGAAGAGUUUUUUCCAAGAAUGUGGAAGAUAAAUCAAGAUAAAAGAAGGCUAAUGAAAAGUAUUAAAGAUCAGAAAAUUAAAAUUGAAUGGGGGAAAAAAUUGAACAGAAGAUUGGUCAGAUAGAAGCACUUGAAUGUUUUUUUUAAGGCUAUAAUGAAUUGUUUGAAUUGGGGAAGAAUGCACGAAGUAUGAAAAAUGAAAAACUCAAUGAAGAAUGAAGAAAAGUAGAAAGCAAGAGUGAAGUAGAAUUAAAAGAAUCUGGAAGAAUGAAUGGGUCCUAGGUUAAGUAAAUGUAUGGUUUAUGUUCCAGUGUCUGUAUGAUCAAGUUGUAGAUGAAUUUGCAUGAUUACUUAGUUAAUAGAGAAUUGGUGAUCUGGUUCAAGCAGGGAACUAUUUGAGGAGAGCAUACAAUAUUAACAGUGGGUUAGCAAAAUGAAAUUUGUUCUGGAGGGUAUUGCCUAACCAUUUGUUUUUCAGGAGCAAUCAAUAUAAUAGAAUUACUGUACUUUAAAUGUUAGGAGUUAGGCAUUUAUACAACCAAUACCAUUUGUAAUACUGUCUCCUUUGUUAGGAGUCUCGCUCCCAGUCAAAAUCUCCAGCUGGGAGUCCUGCUCGUGUAAAAUCGGAGAGCAGGUCAGGAUCUCGCAGUCCAUCGAGGGCCUCUAAACAUUCUGAAUCGCACUCUAGAUCAAGAUCAAAAUCAAGGAGACGUUCUCGAAGCAGAUCAUACACACCAGAAUACCGUCGUCGAAGGAGUCGUAGUCAUUCUCCAAUGUCCAACAGAAGAAGGCACACUGGCAGCAGAGCUAAUCCAGAUCCUAAUACUUGUCUUGGAGUGUUUGGUCUCAGUUUGUAUACCACUGAGAGAGAUUUGCGUGAAGUCUUUUCCCGUUAUGGACCUUUGACUGGUGUCAACGUGGUUUAUGAUCAACGGACUGGACGAUCCAGAGGAUUUGCUUUUGUUUAUUUUGAGAGAAUUGAUGAUUCUAAAGAGGCAAUGGAGCAUGCAAAUGGUAUGGAGCUGGAUGGCAGGAGGAUUCGGGUGGACUAUUCAAUCACCAAGAGAGCACAUACACCCACUCCAGGCAUUUAUAUGGGCAGACCAACCCACAGUGGAGGAGGUGGUGGUGGUGGAGCAGGUCGUCGCCGUGACUCUUACUAUGAUAGAGGAUAUGACAGAGGAUAUGACAGAUAUGAAGAAUAUGACUACAGAUACAGGAGACGAUCACCAUCACCUUAUUAUAGCCGAUACCGAUCACGAUCAAGAUCCCGUUCCUAUAGUCCAAGGCGCUACUGAAGAACAGAAGUUACAGUUGAGGACGUGAUUUUUAAAUAUAAAUUUCAAAUCUUAGCUUCCCUUCUGCUUUCCCUCUCAUUCUUCCUUUCCUUGCCCUCCAUCCAGCUCUUUUACAGAUCUUUAAUUCAUUUAGAAUAUACAUACUUUCAGUUGAAGUAUUCCUAUUUUCCAUCCCUCUUUAUUGUAAUACUCUUAAAUAUUGUAAUUGUUGUAGUUCUUGUGUAGUAAAACAUCUUAAGCAAAAUUAAAUAGAAAACCCAAGGUGUUGAUACAUUUUGGAAGUAAUUCUGAUUUUGUUUUUAAAACAAUUGGACUCUUGACUAAUCAAAAGAGAAGAGAGCAUUGAUAUUUUUAAAGCUUGCAUGUCAUAUGUAAUAUACACACUCAGAUACUUUAAUAUAAACCUGCAUUUCCAAGUAACUUGUUAAUCUUUCUGUUAAGAUGUUUACCUAUUACUUUGAGAAACAAGUAACAACUUUUGAGCCUUUUUCUGUAAUGACAAAUUUAUUUAGAUAGUCAUGAACCAGAGGAUCUUUUUGUCGGGUAGUUGCUUUGAGUGUAGAAUAUUUGAGCUAGAGCAAAGUUUGGUACUUGAUUGACCGGGAAAAUAGAUUCUUGUACACUUAAAAUUAAGGCCGUGUUUUAUAGAUGAAGCUUCCAGACUGCUACACAGUGGAUAACAUUUGAAGUUAAAACUUUUUUUUUUUAAUUAUACUCGUUUGAAUAUUCCCUCUUAAUCAGUGCAGGAGAAAACUAUUUAUUGAACAUAGCAAUUAGUUGUAUAAUUUGCUGUUCAUUUAAAAAGAAACAAAAAACCACCUUUUUGGUAUUGCAAUAAUGGUUAAGCAAGUUGUUUCCAGUCCUUUUUGGAGUUUGACAGUAUGGAUGGAAAAACCUACAACUACAUGUAAACCUUUUUUUUUUUCCUUAAUAAAAGUUAAUUCCACUGA